AUGGUUGAAUGGUUAGUUGUUGUUUAUGAUAAACCAGUUUUUAAACCCCAGGAUAGAGGUCAAUUUCGUCCUCAACAUUUAGCUGCAAUUCCUGCCCAAGUUGAAUCAGGUAAAGUUACCAAUGUUGGUGCAAUUUUCCAUGAAAUUCCAGAAGAUGAUAAACCAAAGAAAUUUGCAGGCUCCUCAUUAAACGUUGUUGCAAACUCAAGAGAAGAAGUUAUUGAAAUUUUAAAUCAAGAUAUCUUUGCUAAAGAAGGUAUUUGGGAUGUUGAAAAUGCUUUGAUUUAUCCAUAUGGUGUUGCGAAACGUGUUGCUAAAGAUUAA